CCAAAAUAAAAGCAGAUUCGAGCGAAGGGGCUCCGCGGGGAAGCGGCGCUACAGUGAGCCGACGGCGGGGUCUAGUUUUCCCGGGUUGGUCGCGGCUGCCCUCCCGGCGCUCAUGGAUAGAAUUCGCAGCCUAAACCCGAGGGAGUGAGUUCGCCUUUUCUUUUAACGCAGAAUGGUCUUAAGGAAAAGGCUAAAAACGGAGCCUUCGCAGCGGGACCGCUGACGCCGCCCCCCCCGCCGGUGCGUCGCCUCCUAGCCGUCAUGAGAGUUAGCUGCCUGUUAGCAUAGCGUUAGCUCGGACGUUAGCGGAUGCUAGAGCUUCCGGUCCCGCUGUCAGGACACAGACUGGAGUUCCUUUUCUCUUUGCCUCGUGAACCUGUGGCUCUCCUGCUCGCGGCUGACUUCAUUUCCUUUCUUUGUUUCCGCUUCUUGACCCUCGUCGUUUCUCCCUGUGACUCACAAGGCGGAGACAUGAAGAGAGUCAACAGCUUUCAGAGGUUCAUGAACAGACGGGCCGGCGCUAACUGCCGCUACCAGCCCACCUGCUACGAGCAUGCUGCCAACUGUUACACCCACGCCCUGCUCAUCGUGCCGGCCGUCGUCGGCAUGGCGUCGCUGCACCGCCUGUCGGACAAUCGCUGGGAGAGGAUCACGGCCUGGGUGUACGGCGCCGGCCUCUGCGCCCUCUUCCUGGUCUCCACCGUGUUCCACAUCAUCACCUGGAAGAAGAGCCACAUGAGGUCAAUGGAGCAGUGUUUCCACAUGUGUGACAGAGUGGUCAUCUACUUCUUCAUCGCCGCCUCCUACACGCCGUGGUUGAACCUGCGCGAGCUGGGCCCGCUGGCGGCACACAUGCGCUGGUUCGUGUGGCUCAUGGCGGCCGCCGGGACCAUCUACGUCUUUAACUAUCACGAAAAGUAUAAAGUUGUAGAGCUGGCCUUCUACCUGGCGAUGGGGUUUUUCCCUGCGUCCGUCGUGACUUCAAUGACCAACACCGAGGGUCUUCAGGAACUGGCCUGCGGCGGACUCAUCUACUGCCUCGGCGUGUUCUUCUUCAAGAGCGACGGCGUCAUCCCCUUCGCCCACGCCAUCUGGCACGUGUUCGUGGCGCUGGCGGCGGCCGUGCACUACUACGCCAUCUGGAAAUACCUCUACAAGGCGCCCGCCGCCGACGGCGUCCUCGGCUCGUGACCGCGGCGUCGUUCAACCAUCUCCACUGCCCGACCGAAGCUGCAGCGGCAGCUUGAAAAGUUUACGAAAAAAAACUCUGACCGUGAAUUGUUUACUGUUUUCUAACGCCGGGAACAGAUUUUUCAGCUAAAAGCUGUUUUGUAAACAAAAUGAGGGAGGAGAUUUUCUUCUUCUUUUUUUACUUCUCCCUCUCGAUUUCGGCACAUUCAUGAGUAUUUCAGAAAUUCGAUUUUUGUAUCACUUGAACAGUCACAUUCCACAUUUCGGGUCGUUUGCGUAUCUAAUAUUCCAUAUGCUGAUGUGAUGUGAACACUCGGACGUGAGGUGCUAACAGUCCUGACUAAUGUGCGAAUAAUACUUGAGAACGAGUACUACGACCAAAAAUACUACUUUUCUUUAUUUUUCUGGAUGCUUUGACUUUGGAGAAGUAUAAACACGCUUCUCUAUAAAACAUUUUCAUGAGUAUUAUUUGAAAACAGAAUCCAAAGCCUCAUGUUUUCUUUUUUGUUUCAGCUGCACAGGAACUGAACAUUGCCAAAAUCAGAAUUUGAUUUAAAUCAUGAAAGGAAUGAAUAUGACCAAACACUUAUUUUUGAUACCAUCCCCCUGAUCAGUAGUUUGAAGGUGGUCACAGAUUUAUUUUCUUGCAGGAAGGAAAUGAUGGACUUCGGUUAUUAGUUUUCCAAUUUUAAAUACAUAUAUAUUUUAUUUUUUACGGUCCAGAUUCACACACUUUGGACUCCACACACAGUCCUUGGUUAUUUUCAGGGAACCACAGUUGAUCCUGGUGAGUGUUCGGCGGCGCCCCCUGCUGGUGAGCUGCUGUAAGACCGACUGAUUUAACAUAUCGGCUGGUUGCCGAGGCGACGCGACACCGUGUGGUGAGGUGGGAUUAUUGUUUAUGAGCCAAAUGAGAGAAUCAGUGGAAGCUGUGUGAUGAGACGGAUGUUCUACUGUGUUUGUGUACGACCUCUGUACUGUAGUCCAGUUUUACAUUUCCUCUGAUUCAUCUCUCUUUGUACUUUACACCACUGAAGACGAACCAGUGUUUUCUGUCUGAACUCCGAAGUGGACGAACAUCAUGUUCUUGAUUAUUUUGUUUAUUUUCUUUCGUCUCAUGCUGUUGAUUUUGUAAGAAUUUGCCUAAAUGGCGCCAGACUCAUAAAAUCACUUUUUCCAUUACUUUCCUUUUUAGCUUUUUUUUUGUUUUUGUUUAAAUAAAGUGUCUCUUGUUGAAAUUAUUUUCCUUAAACCACUUGUUUUGUAACAUUUGUAUAUUUUCUGUCUUUUGUUUUACUUGUUCAUGAUCCUGGCCUUUUUGCAGGGAACCCCCACACCCCCCAAAUCUGCUUCUCGUCUGUUCCAUUGGCUGUUAAUGGUGCUGAAUAAACAAUGAAUGCUCAAUCCACUGUAAUGAAUUAUCACCUUUCUAAUGUGACAAUAAAAAAAUGUUAAUGCUCCAUG